UGAACGCAGCCAAUGCCACGUGGCAACUCUUCUGACACUGCACUUCGGCCACACAAAACUAACACACUAACCAAAACAUUAAAACAAACUUGAAUACUAACAACAUGAAUGCAUAUCAAAGCGAUCCCCUGUUGCAAGUGGCCAAAUGCGAGAUGUGCCCUCAGAAGGUGACCAAUUUUGUGGUCGGGCUGUGCGAGCGUUGUGUCGCCAUUUGGACCAGCAAGCGUAGCAUGGAGACAAUGCACAUUACCAUUGACCACGUCAAGGCGGCCAUUGUUAGCAUGAGCCAAAAUAAAACCAACCAUCAGAAUAUGAACGCUGUGUUCCGGCGUGUUAUCGAGGAGGAGCAACGACGCCGCAAGCUCAAAGUCGAUCUCUUUCAAAAGUUGCGCGAGAAGUUUCAAGAUGGCGUACUCUUACCAGAACUAGAGGAAUGUUGUGAAAGUAAUAGAAUUGAUGUGGAGGAGACCUUUUACGAUGUGCCGUCGCCAGACGUGGACGUGGAACAAAUAGAAGAUUUGAGGUUUCGCAAAGCUUUACUUAAUUAGCAUGCAUAAAUAAUCGCACAUAUUUAACUAAUUGUUUAAUUUUUUCAAACUCUGCAAUUAUAUUUAACUGCAUAG